GGGGCUCGCGGUUGCUACGGCCGGGUGUGCCCCUUGUCAGUCACCGUGGUAACCGAGGGCGGGGCCGUGGUUGGUUCUGCCUGAGCUGCGCUGAUAAGCUGUAGAACCUGUCAGCCAGCCGGUAGGCGGGGCUGGAUGGCGAGCGGCGUUCCGGUAGGUCGGUUCAGCUGUCACUCCGCGCGGACGUCACGCGAGCGCCGCGCUCUCAUUGGCUGCUGCGCGCCCUCGGCGGCCGUUGCCAGGCGGGCGGCGGCGGAAGCGGAAAUCGGCGGCGCGGCCGCGGCGGGAGGAAUGAAACCGGCUCCGGGGCGGCGGCGGGGGCUGCUGGGGGCGCUGGUGCUGCUGCUGCUCCCGCCGCCGCUGGGGGGCGCAGAUGCCAAGAAGUCGAUCGUCCCGCUCCACGAGGGCCAAGCGCACCUGGACUCGCUUCCUCGCCACUUCUGCUACACCAACACCCGCGUCCCGCAAUGGCACGACGUUUGGACCCGGACGCAGAUCCGGAUCAACAGCAGCCGCAUGAUCCGCGUCACCCAGGUGGAUAGCGAGGAGGAGCUGGAGCAGUUCAGCGUGUGGAAUGACGUGUUCUUCUUCCUGAAGGAGAAGCUGAACGACACCAGCAUUGAUGUUGAUCUCUACAGCAAUAAAACCUGCCUGAAAGUCGAGCUACUGGAGGCUGGCACCACGUACCACGUCGUCCUUUUCCGACGCUUUGACCCAAAGCUGUUCCUGGUUUUCUUCCUGGGUCUGUUGCUGUUUUUUUGCGGGGACAUGCUGAGCAGGAGCCAACUCUUCUACUACUCGGCCGGGAUCAGUUUUGGCUUGCUGGCCUCACUGCUCAUCCUCGUCUACAUGAUGUCCAAGGUCAUGCCCAAGAAAAGUCCUGUUUACUUCUUGCUGGUAGGAGGCUGGUCCUUUUCCCUGUACCUGCUCCAGUUGAUCUUCAAGAACCUGCGGGAGAUCUGCAAGUCCUACUGGCAGUACCUCCUAGGUUACCUGCUGCUGGCGGGCUUGGUGAGCUUCGGCGUGUGCUACCGGUACGGCCCGCUGGAGAACAAGCGCAGCAUCAACCUCCUGUCCUGGGCGCUGCAGCUCCUGGGGCUGCUGUUCAUGUACUCGAGCAUCCAGAUCCAUCCCAUCGCCUUGGCCCUGGUGCUCGUUGCCAUCUGCACCAAGAGCCUGGACUAUCCCUUGCAGUGGGGCUUCGCUCUCUACAGGAGGGUGCAGAGCGCCAGGCUCGGGCCGAGCCCCCCGCGCCUGCUGACGGAGGAGGAAUACCGGCUCCAGGGCGAGGAGGAGACACGCAAAGCCCUCGAGGAGCUUCGCAACUACUGCAGGAGCCCGGAUUUCUCUGCCUGGACCGCAAUCUCCCGCAUCCACUCUCCUAAGAGGUUUGCUGAGUUUGUGGGCGGCGCGUGUCACAUCACCCCCAGCGAGGUCACUGUGCACGAGUGGGAGUACGGCCUGGGUAGCAGCUUCCUGGAGGAGCAGCUCUUUGAGGAGGAGGAGGAGGUGGAGAAGGAAGAUGAUGACUCCUUUGACGAGAAUCACGGGAGUUACUCCCUGACCCACAACCACCUGGAUGCCCAUUGAGGUCGGACACACGGAGGCGAGCGCAGAAGCACUGCCGUUUCCCCACUGCCUGUUGGUGUGGGUGCUCGUGAGCCCCCAGCACAUGAAUCGCAGGGACGGGGACGUUCUUCCCGGGCCUGGGCGCCCAUCAGGCUCCUGCCAGCACCCCGAGCCUCGUACCUUGACCCUCUUCUCCCUGCCGCUGCCUCUGCGCCGCUGGCUCUGCCGGGGCACGGGUGGCACAAGAGGAACUUUGGACCCGUUCCGGCGGUACCUGCGUGCUCAGCAUCUGCUGCAGGAGGGAGCGGGCAGCUCCUCCUCCCUUACCAAAGAUGCCCAAGGGCCUGAAACCCUGUGUGGGCACCAAACCCGCGGCAGGUUCGUGUGCAGGUCGCAGAGCUCAGGAGGAGGCGGCUCCCCGGCUGCUGUGGGGCGCAGGGGCCGCGCUCGGGCUCCCCCCGCGCCGAGGAGGAGUGUGGAUGUGCUUCCUCCUCGCUGGCCAUUCGCUGCUGCUGUCCCUGUCCCGUGGAAGCUGGUGUCCUGCCUUCGAGCCGCUGUUUGUGGGGCUGUCCCCACUGCCGGGCGUUCCUGGGCCGUGCUGGAGCACAGAGCUGGGGGGGAUGCCCCAACCUAUGCAACUUCCGAAGCAAUAAAGCUGCCCUGUGGCUGCUCUGCUGCUUUUGCCGUUGGUUUUUUUCCCCCCCCCAGGUUUACUCCCCGGCCCUCGCUGCGCUUCCCUCCCCACUGCCCCCGUUACUGUGUUCCUCUGUCCCCUCUGCAGGGUUAACAACUGAUUAUAUUUUUAAUAAAGAUGUAUUUUGUAGGUAA